GUCAGCAAACUUUUAUUUUGAAAGACAAACGACUUUUACUCUAGCAACUACAGUAAAGUGGACCAGCGCCAAGUUCAUGGCUUCAGUCCCAGGGAACACACAUACAUCUUAAAGAUUAACUUGAUUGAACUUUAGCUUUGAAUUUAAGGGUCUGCCAAAAUGUUUAUCUUAUUAAAAUUCUGUUUAAUAAUAGCGGAAGUUGCAUGUUAAGACAACAUUGUUGAAAAGAUCCGGGCUGAGGCUAUUUUCAAGGGCAAUGGAAGCCCCGCCCCUAUAUACGUGAUUGGUCAUCGUCUUCAUUCUAGACACCCCAUUGGAGGAGCAAACUCUGUCGUCAGGGUAACAACAGGAAAAGCUCUGUUCAUGUAACUUAAGGAUGAUGGCCGCCUCUCAAAAACUGAGCACCUUUCGGUUACCUCCUUUACCCACCAUCGGUGAAAUCAUCAAACUGUAUAAUCUAAGAGCAGAGAAGCAGCUUUCCCAAAACUUCCUCUUAGAUAUGAGACUUACAGAUAAGAUUGCCAGACAGGCGGGGCACUUACAGGACACGCAUGUGUGUGAAGUGGGUCCUGGACCUGGAGGUCUCACCAGAUCUAUUUUGAAAGCUGGGGCUGCAGAUGUAUUCGUGGUGGAGAAAGAUAAACGCUUUAUACCUGGAUUACAGCUUUUGUCCGAGGCCGCCCCAGGUAGACUGAGAAUAGCACAUGGAGAUAUUCUCACAUACAGACUUGACAAAGCGUUUCCAGACAAGAUAGCCAAGACAUGGGAAGAUGUACCACCCAAUUUGCACAUCAUUGGAAAUCUGCCCUUUAGUGUGUCAACCCCUCUUAUUAUAAAGUGGCUGGAGCAGAUGUCUAACAGAAGCGGCCCCUUCGUGUUUGGUCGUACGAGACUCACGUUGACCUUCCAGAAAGAAGUUGCUGAAAGGUUAACAGCAAGCACAGGAAGCCGCCAACGUAGCCGUCUGUCGGUCAUGGCUCAAUAUCUCUGCAAUGUCAAAAACUGUUUUACCAUCCCUGGACGUGCCUUUGUUCCCAAACCAGACGUGGAUGUGGGGGUGGUGCACUUCACUCCGCUGGCUCAUCCCCAAAUUCAGCAGCCGUUCAAGCUGGUCGAGAGGAUUGUAAGGAACGUCUUCCAGUUUCGGAGGAAGCAUUGCCGCAGAGGACUUGAAAUGCUGUUUCCAGAGUCUCAGCGUCAGGAAUUUACAGAAGUGUUGCUGCAUCGUGCCGAUGUGGAUCCCACACUACGGCCCACAGAGCUCUCUAUUUCUGAAUUCAGAGCUUUAGCAGACGCCUACAGUACGCUGUGUCAGGAGAACCAAGGCCUCGUUGAAUAUGACUUCAGAGAGGAACUGAGACUCAAACAUAAAGCCAAGAAACAGUGGAGCAGCAACAGUAAAGAGAUUCACCUUCACAACACAAUAGAUGAACAUGGUGACCACUAACACAGCAGACGGUGAAUUUUCAUUGUGCAAGAUUGAAUUUUGUUAAGGUUUUUUCUUUCUCAUGUGCAUUACAUUAAGACAGUGAAAAGACAUUGCAACCGAAUCUGGAGAUCCAACUGUUAGCAUAUUAACGCUCAAGCACAUUGUCGAAAAUCAAACAAAAUGAGUGAAAUAAUAACACAAAAGGAAACCUAAAUGAUUUGAUUUUGUUAUAAGCAAGGUGGAAGCUGAGAAAACUACAAAUCCUUAAACAGCCUCAUAUCCCAGACAGCAGACGACUCCGGGCCGGAUCUGCGCCAAAGUCGGCAGCUCUGGUGCGGAUCCGGCCUGGAGUCGCAUGCUGUCUGGGAUAGCUGCUAUGAUUUAAUAAUAUUAUACCUUGAAGCUGCCAUCAAUCUGCUGAAGGUCUCCCAACAUUACAAAAUAUUUCCUUUUGAAAAUCAAUUAAAUACAUACAGUACACUGCAAAAAUUAUUUUUUUUAAAGAAAAAAAUUCUUAGUAUUUUUGUCUUGUUUUCAGGAAAAAUCUCUUAAAAUUCUUAAAUUAAGAUGCUU